CACGUCGAUGCCUUGGCCUGCUGUCCUUGGUAACAGCGGAAUCCUUUCACCGCAAGCCGACGUCGGUGAAGGUGCGCUUGUCUCGUCCUGAGACAGGCCCAGAGCAAGUAACGAGAAGUCCGAAGUGGCCCAUGAACUCGAGGCGGUUGAGUAUGUGGCGACACACGGACGAUCACCAGAGUAUAAAGAGCUGACUCCAACAAAGAUGCCUGCGAGGUAAGGUAAGAUAAGCUAACUUUAACAAAGACAGACCAUCAAUGCAUCGAUGUCACGCAACCCGCCUCGAAACAACCGCCAUUCGUCUCCAGCUUCCCAAGCUUCGACCUGACGCCAUACAAACCUCCGACAUCCCACAAUCGCGAUCAAAUCUGCUGCCUACUACGAGCAUCGAGCCGCACAGUCCUCGAAUCCUUUAACAGCUGGAGCCUGCUCCGGCGUAACAGCCUUGCAGAUACGAUGCCUUGUCUGGUGCGUGGCGAGCCUGGACAGGG